GUAUCAAUGAAAUUUCCAACGAGUCACUAGUGAUAAUACGCUUAAAUAAUAAUAACGAAAUACGAUUACUAUCAUGAAUGAAAAUAUAUACACCUAAGUGUAAUAAUAUUCUAAUUGAAUUGGCCACGGACGGUGAGCUUGUGUUGUUUUUACAUUCACAUUCCCACCCAGCCUCUGUAAACAGUCGUGACAUUGUCAUGUCGUCACUGUCGUUGCCGAGAGUUCUUCAAAACAGGAAAACUAGUCUAGAUCAAGAGCGAGAACACUUUGAGAAGAUACAAGCUGCCAGUAUCAGCAAGGCUAUAAAUACAUUAGAAAAUCCUGUGAAAGAAAAACACGCAAGAAAUGCUAUAAUAGGUACAUUUCAAGAAAAAAGCGGUGAAACAUUUUGGCGAUGCGUUACCAAAUUGCCACUUCAAGAACAUCGAAUUGUUGCAUGGAAAUUUUGCCACGUGCUUCAUAAAGUCUUACGCGAGGGUCAUCCUAAUGUCAUUCAAUCAUCACAAAGGCAUAAAACUCUUUUACAGGACUUGGGAAAGUUAUGGGUUCAUUUAAAAGAUGGCUAUGGCAAACUCAUUCAGCAGUACUGUCAACUGUUAUUAACAAAAUUAGAUUUUCAUCGACGCAAUCCUGGGUUUCCAGGAAAUCUUGUUAUAUCUGAAGAUGACCUCAACCGAAUUGGCGAUAAUGACGUUAAUAAUUAUUUCCAAAUGUGUGUCGAAAUGUUUGACUAUAUCGAUGAAAUUUUGGGUUUGCAAUCAGCAAUUUUUGGUUCAUUAGAUAUGUCUCGCUCGAAUUCAAUGACUAGCCAUGGUCAAUGCCGAUUGGCCCCAUUGAUGCCUUGUAUUUUGGAUUCGGCUCAGCUUUAUGAUUUAUGCGUAAAAAUAUUAUUCAGGAUGCAUGCUACACUACCGCCAGACUUAUUGUCGGGACAUAGAAAACGGUUUUUAAGACAAUUUAAUAUUUUACGUCAAUUUUAUUUGGGGUCUUCCAAUCUUCAAUACUUCAAAACGCUUAUACAAAUACCACUUCUGCCCGAAAACCCACCAAACUUUUUGAUACAAGCCGAAUUGUCCACAUACGUUACACAAGCUGCCAUUGUAUUGCCAGAUGAAGACCCGCCAGAAAGUAACAAUAGUAUGGUUGGUGAUUUAGUUGAUUUAGGAAUUGGAAACAGUGUUACCAGCAGCGAAACCAGUCAAAGGUCUUUAUCACCCGAUUUAUUGGCUCAGAGGGACAAUGUUAUUCAGCAUUUACACGGAGAAUUAAAUUCCCAUCAAACGUUGAUAAUUCAAUUGAAACAACAAGUUUCUACAUUAGAAAUGGAAUUGGCAAAAAAAGACAGUGAACUAACCCAAGAAAGACUCAUUAGAGAUGAACUAUUACAACAGACAAGUUCCAUAGGCAAUUAUGAUGAACUGGACAAAAAAUAUAAAUUGCUGGAAGAAAAAUUCAACAAAUUGAAAGAAGUGUAUACCAAAUUAAGAGAGGAGCACAUUACAUUGUUGAGACAGAAAGCAGUUGUCGAUAAGUCACUGAGAGGAUCGGAAAAAAUUACUAAAUUUGCGCAAGCUGCCAAUACACUGUUGUUGUCUAUUAAAUCAGAUGUUGAUAAACAGUUGACAAACAUGCGUACUGUUGAGUUCAAUAUGGCACCACACAGAGUAAAAAUUGAAGAAGAACUGAUUGCUUUACAAGCUACUGUCGAUUCUACGACUCAACAAAAUGACGAGCUAACACUGAAAAUCGAAGCCUUAACUGUUGAAGCCACUGAAUCAAAAAAUCUAAAUGACGUUGAGCGUAUCAAGUCAGAUCUAGAAUUAAGGCUUUCAGAGUCUGAGGAAUUACGAUUUUCUGCAAAUGCUCUUUGGUUCGAGUGUUGUCGUAAAACAAUUGAGUAUACAUGUGAAUUAUUGGAUGAUCCUGCAAUGUCCUCAACUACUUGUUCGCCAGAAUGCAUGACUAUAAUAAAAGAAAAACUUCUUUGUGCUAUUGAUAAAGGAAAAGACGAUGCUGCAGGAUUUGCUCAUUAUGUUGCCAUGUAUAUUGUUUUCGGUAAAGCAGUAUCGAAUACAAAAUCUAACCUAAAUGAUGCUCAAAAAUUAGUAGACAGGUGUAAAGAUGUCGGUAGAGACAGUGUAAAACUUCUAACUGCUUGGCAAACUGGAAGUAAAAUUGAGGAAUGCUGCGAUGGCCUAAAAACGUCAUUAGAUGACGUUGAAUCUUUGGCCUCAACAACGCAAGCUACUGAAUCUUUAGGUGAUUUAGUAGAAGACGAACUCGCCACCAUGGACAAAGCCAUCGAAGAAGCAGCUAAUCGCAUUCAAGAAAUGAUAUCAGAAACUCGAGCAGCACAUUCUGGUAUUAAACUUGAAGUCAAUGAACAAAUAUUGGAUUCGUGCACUUCCCUGAUGGCAGCCAUAAGAAUAUUGGUGCUCAAAUCGAGAAAACUCCAAGCGGAAAUUGUUGAGAAUCAAGGUUCUAGUGGGUCGGCAAAAGAGUUCUAUAAACGCAACCACCAAUGGACAGAAGGACUUAUUUCUGCUGCCAAAUCUAUAGGUUUAGGUGCCAAAGGUCUUUUAGACGCAGCCAAUGAAGCAGUAAGUGGUGAGGGCAACUUGUCCAGAUUAAUAGUGGCGUCGCAUAGUGUAGCAGCUGGAACUGCCCAACUCGUUGUUGCGAGUCGCGUAAAAGCAUCACGAGAGAGCAACAACUUAGCAGAGUUAUCGAGGGCGUCUCGCGAUGUUACAAACGCUACUGCCACAGUAGUGGCGACUGCCAAAUCAUGCACCCAAUUGGUUCAACAGCAAGAAGAUUUAGACUUAGGCGUGUUGAACGAACAUCAAACAAAACGUUUGGAAAUCGAGUGCCAAGUUCGUGUCCUGGAGUUGGAAUCGUCGCUGGAAAAAGAGCGUAUGAAAUUAGCUACUCUGCGCAAACUACACUAUCAAGACAGCGAUCAAAGUUAGCGAACAAGUUAUAUUUUCUUCUUGUCAAACUAUAUCAAACAAAAUGACCUAAGAACAAACUAUAUGGAAAUGUUUUAGGAGGUUAGGUUUUUUUUUUUUUACUUAUAUACUUUUUGUUAUACAUGUCAAUUAACUACUUAUUUUUUAAAUUUUAAUUAUUGUUAAAAUGUACACAAAUCCUGCUUAUUUUGAUGUGUUGCUACUGAUUUUACUAAGUAAAAAAAUUACAUUGCUGGUUAAUGAAUUAUAUUAACACAACAUUUUAUAUUUAUAAAACCCCACCAUUGGCUAAAUUAAAAAAAUAUCAAAAAAGUACCAAGCUAAAAUUUGUUGUGUCCCUAACAUUUUUUUUUUAACACACUAUUAUUCGCUUGCUUUUGUUGAAAAUUGUUUUUUUCUUAAUUUUGAAAGUUAAUUUUACUUGUUAACAUUUAACAGUUUGUUAUUAAAUUUUCAAGAACGAAAUGUCUGUACAGAAUAGUAAGAUAAAAGUAUUUAUAUAAACCUGUGUGCAUGCGAACAACGAAAAAAUAUUGUUUAAAAAUGUUAUUAUUUAAAACAAUUAAAUUUUUUUAGUUAAUUAAUACCUUUAGAUUAGCAAAUUAUUAUGUCGAAAACUUUGUUUUUUUAUUUUUUUAACCGUGGCAUAUUUUUUUAAAUUAGUUUUGUACCUAAGCCUGUAUGAUCUGCGUCAAUUGACAUAUCUAUUACAACCGUUAAUUAUUAUAGUAACCUAACCAAAUAUUGAAAUUUUUUUAUUUAUAUAUUAAACUUCAUGAUUAUUAUUGUAAUUUAUAUUGGUUACAUCAU